CCCACGUGCUCAAGGCUGCCGGACGCUCGUCGUAUCUCAGAUACGGUUUCCUCGCGCACCUACCGAGGAUCAGACGUCACUGGUCGUCAGCCUUCGGCUCCGCGCGCGUGCUACCGGGAGAGCGGCGCAAAAAAAAGAGAGAGAGAAGAGAGAGAGAGAGAGAGAGAGAGAGAGAGAGAGUGCGCGCGUCGGCGCCGUCAUGAGAGCGGCGCGUGCGGACUCGACGUGCGCCGCGCGCACCGUUUCGACGCUUACACCAAGCGCGCGCUGCGUUAGAACGGCACGCGAAAGAGAUCGGUGGACGCGCGCGCGCGCAAAGGACGACACACACACAUUCCUCGCGGAACGAAUGACGACUUUGCGACCUCGUAAACACUAACCAACUAACACACACACACACACACACACACACACAAAACUCUUUGGAUUUGGAUCUUCAUCAUCAUCUUCAUCUUCAUCAUGCCGGUGCGGCGGGGUCACGUCGCGCCGCAAAACACCUUCCUGGGGAUCAUUAUUCGCAAAUUCGAGGGUCAGAAUAAGAAGUUUGUGAUAGCGAACGCACGCGUGCAAAACUGCGCCAUCAUCUUCUGCAACGACGGCUUCUGCGAGAUGACGGGUUACUCACGGCCGGACAUCAUGCAGAAGCCGUGCACGUGUGACUUCCUGCACGGGCAGCUGACCAAGCGGCACGCGGUCGCACAGAUAGCGCAGGCUCUGCUCGGCUCGGAGGAGAGGAAAGUGGAGAUCACGUACCACCGCAAAGACGGUUCCGAUUUCCUGUGCAACACCCACAUCAUCCCGGUGAAGAACGAGGAGGGCGUAGUCAUGAUGUUCAUCCUGAGCUUCGACUACAUCCUGGAGGACGGGAGCAUCGACUCGCUGGAGCGCAUCAACCACACGUCACCAUCCAGACCGCAACACAGAAAGGGCCGCUUCUUCCGUUUCCGCCUCCCCAUACCACUCAGCAUACUGGGACUGAGCAAGCAGUCCCUUCCUCAGGAGGACCCCGACGAGGUGACCGUCUACUCGCCCGAACAAAUCGACAUCCGCUCGUCCUGCUCAUCCUCGUCCUCCCUGUCUCUGUCACUCUCACCACACGGGCUUCGUCCGUCCACACAAGACAGCUGCAGCCCCUCCCAUGCCAACGACACCAGGGCUCUGAUCGGCCAGAACCUGCUCGAUUCCUCAUCUCCGGCGUCCGGGCCUCAGGACCAGUCUUCACUACGGGACACGAGGGAAAGGACGGAGCAUUGUGGAUCGGUGGGCAGCGGGAGCGUGUGCACUCUGCGCAGAGCCUCGUCCACACAAGACGUUGAGGGAUUAAAUACGCACGUGGACAGAACGUACCGCGGACGGCAUUCCAGUGAAGACAAUGGGCGAAGCAUUAAAGUAUCGCGCUCUUGGAUGGCUGGGGGGCCAUUCAGCCAGAUCAAGUGCAGUCUUCUGGGCUCCACAUCCGACUCGAACCUCACCAAAUACAGCACCAUCAACAAGAUCCCUCUCAUCACGCUCAACUUCUCCGAGUCCAGCAACGACAAGCGGCCCGCCUCGCCGCCCUCCUCCGAGAAAACCAUCAUCGCGCCAAAGGUCAAAGAUCGCACACACAAUGUCACGGAGAAGGUCACACAGGUGUUGUCUUUGGGUGCCGACGUGCUUCCAGAGUACAAGCUCCAGACGACGCGCAUCGACAAGUUCACCAUCCUGCACUACAGCCCGUUCAAGGCGGUGUGGGACUGGCUGAUCCUGCUGCUGGUCAUCUACACGGCCAUCUUCACACCGUACAGCGCCGCCUUCCUGCUCAACGACCCCGAGGAGAAGAAGAGUCGCGUGUGUGGCUACUCGUGUAACCCGCUCAACGUGGUCGACCUCAUCGUGGACAUCAUGUUCAUCGUCGACAUCCUCAUAAACUUCCGCACCACGUACGUGAACGCCAACGACGAGGUGGUCAGUCAUCCGGGCAGGAUCGCCGUGCACUACUUCAAAGGAUGGUUCCUGAUCGACAUGGUGGCCGCCAUUCCCUUCGACCUCCUCAUCUUCGGAUCGGGAUCAGAGGAGACCACGACUCUAAUCGGGCUCCUGAAGACGGCCCGGCUGCUGCGUCUGGUGCGUGUGGCGCGUAAGCUGGACCGUUACUCGGAGUACGGCGCCGCGGUUCUAAUGCUGCUGAUGUGCAUCUUCGCGCUGAUCGCCCACUGGCUGGCGUGUAUCUGGUACGCCAUCGGCAACGUGGAGAAACCCUACCUGAAGCACACCAUCGGCUGGCUCGACAACCUCGGCAUGUCCAUCGGCAAGCAGUACAACUACAGUGACCCCUCCUCGGGCCCGUCGAUCAAGGACAAGUACGUGACGGCGCUGUAUUUCACGUUCAGCAGCCUGACAAGCGUCGGCUUCGGGAACGUCUCGCCCAACACUAACUCGGAAAAGAUUUUCUCCAUCUGCGUCAUGCUGAUCGGCUCCCUGAUGUAUGCCAGCAUUUUCGGGAACGUUUCCGCCAUCAUCCAGCGUCUGUACUCAGGAACGGCGCGAUAUCACCUGCAGAUGCUCCGCGUCAAGGAGUUCAUCCGCUUCCACCAGAUCCCCAACCCACUGCGCCAGAGGCUCGAGGAGUAUUUCCAACACGCCUGGACCUACACCAACGGCAUCGACAUGAACAUGGGAUUUCCUGAAUGUCUGCAGGCUGAUAUCUGUCUACAUCUCAAUCAGUCUCUGCUGCAGGACUGUAAGGCCUUCCGAGGGGCCAGUAAAGGGUGUCUGCGUGCUUUGGCUAUGCGUUUCAAGACGACACACGCCCCGCCCGGUGAUACCCUGGUGCACUGCGGGGACGUGCUCACCGCCCUGUAUUUCCUCGGCCGAGGAUCUAUUGAGAUCCUGAAGGACGACAUCGUGGUGGCUAUUUUAGGCAAGAACGACAUCUUCGGAGAGAUGAUCCAUCUGUAUGCCAAACCUGGCAAAGCCAACGCGGACGUGCGAGCUCUCAGCUACUGCGACUUACACACCAUCGACAGAGAGGAGUUACUGGAGGUGCUGGACAUGUACCCGGAGUUCUCAGACUACUUCUGGUCCAACCUGGAGCUCACAUUCAAUCUGCGUGAUGAGAACACCAAGUUCAGUGGUGUUCGCCCGAGGAACCUGUACACACCAGUGAGCGACUCGGAGCAGGAGGAGUUCAACACCGGGACUAAAGCCUGUUUCAAAAGCAAGCAAUCUACAGGGACUCGACACCGAGGGGUGGAGAGAGACAGAGAUGAGCUACAGGGACAGGACGAGGAGGAGGAGGAGGAGGAGAAGAGAGAAGAGAAAGAGGCAGAUGAGAAAGAGGGAGAUGAGAAAGAGGAGAAGAGAAAUUUGAGCUUGGGGAUCCUCGGUCAUUCCCUCCCUCGCGACAUGGACACACUCCCGGACUCCCACAGUGAAGACUGCACAGCAUUGUAUAAAGUGUCCCCAGAUGUAUGUUCUGAGAAAUGGCCUUGUGGGAACAUCGAUGACUCGACACAACCUCAGGACAGAGAAGGCGGAGUCGACUGCAACAGUGACAUCACAUUUGUGGAAAUGGAGCAGAGGCUGGACUUGCUGCAGGAACACCUGAACAGAUUGGAGGUUCAGAUGACGUCCGACAUCCAGGCAAUUCUGCAGAUGCUGCAGAGGCAGAGCACCCUGGGGCCUCCAGCCUACAGCACUUUAGCCUCGAGCCCUGAAUACCACAAGCCGGCCAUCAGAGUGCAGCCGAGUACUGCUAUACACACACAGUCUUCACAGAGUCGUGAUGUAGAAAAGCCCAGCCAGAGAGACAAACCCAAAGACUCCCCGAGUCCCACCACCUCGGAGGCGACCUCCAGGAUAAAAGACUCAGAGUGGGAGGCGGAGCUAAGACCCAGACAGGAAACGGAGCGCUCUGGUUCGCCGCAUCACAGGGCUCUUCAGCUGUCAAUCAGACAGACGUCCCUCCCAGAUUCGUCUCCGAACAAGGGGGCGACACCAGAACUCCACCGGCCCUCGUCCGACCCCGGGCUUCCAGGGAACCAGCAUUAGGUCAUCACAGAUAUCCACUUAAUGCGACUUGUUUAUAAUGCAUUAGAACCAUAUCUGGAAGAAGGAUGCCACUGACUCCUCUCACACUGGAAACCAGCGCACGCUAGACUCAGGGUUCAGAGAAAACGUGUGAGAGAGAGAAAGAGAAAGAACAAGAGAGACACUGAAAAUCUGUAUGCAACAUACACUAUGUUAAUUAUCUUCCAAAUCAUUAUUUUUUUUUGGCUUUCUGACUCGCACAGAUGUGAAACAAACAAAAAACUUCGAAUGUAUUUCUUCAGUGUGACUGCACGCAAAAUUAGCCGCGCUGAACAUGCAGCCGUAGCAACAGAAAAGCUGCAUGCUGGGGAGGAUGUUGUUUUUUUUGUCGCAUGUUUCUAAAGAAAAAAAAAAAGUCAUGCUGCUUAACACAUUUUAGCUUUUUUUCCCUCAAAAUUGGUUAAGAAAAUAAAUACUAGAAUAUUUUCCUGGAUUUCUAGAGCAGGUUUUAACACCGAGAGAAUCCAGACGAAGAAUCAGGAAGAACCAAUUCAUCUCAGAAUCCACUCAUGUGCUGUGUUCAAAUCCCCCCUCCUCACUCGGGCCUGGAAAAUAGGAUGAUAGAACAAAAAAAGUUCACAGGGGUGGAGAAAGACCUGAUCCAGAUCAUCAGAGGUGUGCAUCAGCCCGGAUAAGUGUGUGUUUAAUGUAUAAAAAUAGGAAAUAAAAGUAAAAAAAAAAAAAAUUACAUUAAUAAAAUGUACAGCACUAAGACUAUAUUUUUGUGCCACGUUAAAAAAAAUAAUAAUUUGAGAUUAAAGUCAUAGCAAUAUGAGAAUAAAAUCACAAUAUUUUGAGAAAAAGUUAUGAGAAUAAAGUUUUAUUUCGAGAAUAAAGUGCUGAGUGCACUGGUGCUCUGCUCCGUCCUCUGAUCAUCAUCUUCAUGGUAUCUUGAGAAACGUCUCGUCUUGGAAUAGCAGCCAGAAAGAUCCAGUUUCCUCAAUGUCUCUCAGAACUGCGCCAAAAGACAGAGAAUUGCCUUAUUGCUAAAUCCGAACCUAAAGUGGGAUUCGACCAAAUCCUCAGCAUCCAUUUGAUGCAAAAAAAAAAGCUAAACGUUUCUCAUAAUUACCACAUCAUCUCGUAUUGCUACGACUUUAUUCUCACUCAUUGGCAUCUCCAUCGUAAAUCGGGGAACUACCUGUAAUAGGAGCCAAUCUUUUAUUGUUACACUUUAUGGACAAAAAAUAUUGGGACCCCAAAACGGUUGUCUUCAUUGGCAUGAAACUUUCCCUUUACUGAAACACCUCACCUACAUCAGUACCUGACUUUACAAACACACUUGUGUCUGAGUGAGGCUCAAAUCUCCACAAGCACACUCCAGAAUCUUGUGGAACAUCUUCCCAGAAGAGUGGGAGGAACAAUGAGUUUUGAGACUAAAUUGGGACUAAAUGUAGACUUGAACCAGGUGUCUACAAACAACAAAACAACAACAACAAAAGAUUUCCAAAUGUAAAUUCCGAAUAUAAAAUUCCCGAUAUAAACCCUCGUACAAACAAUUUUACCAAUGAACGCAUACGUAUGCCGCUUGAUAAAUGAGGGGAACCAGAUUCUCACUUUUUAUGCUUUUUUCUAUGUCGUAUUUAAAGCUAAAUCUAAUUAUAUCUAUCUAAUGAAUAUUCAUAUUUUAAAUGCAAUAGCAUAUGGACAAAUACAACUAAAAGGUUGUAGACGACCUUUAGGAUAAUAGCGUAUUAGCUCAGAUUAAACUAAAUGACACAAACUAUUUGGGGGGAUUUCUUGGUACAUUGGGGUUCAUUGUGGGAUUUAAAGAUUACGCCGGAUUUCGUCCUGAAUCCAGUGAAUGAGGCUCGGAUUUGAACACAGCCGUCUCCCCUCCCCCCCGUCAACGUUCACUUAACACUGUACACUCAGUAUUGCGUCUCUGCACUGACUCGGGCUGCGAACCUGAUCGCGAUGUUUACUCGGUCGUCAUGCUUUUAUUAUUUAUACGUUUUAAUUUUAACGUAGCGUUCCUGCGUUGCUGUUUCUCGAACACUGGAUUCGCUGAUCUGAAUCAUGUCUAUUCUACCUGUAGAUAAAGUUUUAUUGUCUUACACGUUUAGAUUUGAGAACGAUGAGUCGAUGAGUUCGAGCUCCUGUACGCUACAGAGGAACGUGGCGUCCGUUUACACGUCGAACGAUGACGUUUAUUUUCAAUGCGUUUGAAAUGAAGUACGACGACGCAAAAUUGGCACGUAGCGAAUCCCAGCCAGACCUCUGUGCUGUCCCUUUCCAUGACGUCUGUCCCGCAUGUCCUUUUAUUUACUGAAGUACUGCAUCGAAAACGCACAUCAUUUAAUAUGUAAAGCUCCAACUGACAUGCAUGUUGUAACCAAAGUGUGGUCUCUUUAGCAUAUCAUAUUCCGCUCAGCGUGUAGGCGAAGAGUGUCGCGUCGUACGCCACACUGAGAAAAAAAAAACACGGUCUUCCGGGGGAGUUUCGGCGUAAACUCCGGCGUGUGCAUGUCUUAACAGGGACCACCCACUCUAGAGUAGAGUUUUAGACACGAGAUGAAUGUGAGUAGAUGGUAGAUUAUAUUUAUCAUAUAUCCAAACAUUUCCACGGGAAGACGUUGCUGUAGCUUUGGUGAUGAUGAUAAACUUAAAAACGGAAAGGUUUCAUUUCAGAGCCAUGUUCGGAGUUGAGUAAGGCUGCCUUCACCCUUCUUUUGUGCUGAUAUUUGUAAAGAAAAAAACGUUUCAUUCCUAAUAACUAUUCAUCAAGCAGGAUCUCUACAUUAUAUGUAGUUUUCCUGAGUAAUGCUGAUGAUCUUUACUGUAGGUAACAAAGGUAUGACUGCUGCAUAAAUUUUGUGCAUUCGGGUCACGGCACCAAAUUUAUGUAUCAUGGGUAAGAUGGACAUCAGGAAACCAGAAGACCACCAAUAGUGAGAUCCACUAUGUUUAUUCUCAAUUUUAGAAACAGCUUUUACUUUUCUGGAGUAGACAGGAAACGUUUCGGAGGGAAAAGCCUUCGUUCUUUGAAACCUUGUGAAGUUCACAAAACAUUUUAAAUAAAUCAAAUUAAAUGUCAACACAAUUGCAAACAAAAAUUAUUCUAAAUAAUUCAAUCAAUUCACACCAUCUACAUUCAGACUUGGAUCAAAUCAUGAGAACUUCCUGAGCCAAAUGUGAAAGCAGCCUUACUGAGACCUCAAACCCGAGGAAACAUUUUUUGGAAUUACGUUCAUGAUCACUACAUGAUUGUAAUGUAAUUAUAACAGCACUAUCCAUGACAUUUAUCCUCUCUAGAUGUUCUCUAUAGUUUAAAGGAAUCUGUAUCUGGGCCAGAACCCAAAGAACUGAACUAAAAAAACAGGGAUUUUUCAGUUAGAACACUGAUUUCAGUUGAUUUGAGUUCGUCACGGCUUCACGGAUUUAUAAGCUUCCAGUGGAAACGCUGCUGUAUGUUGGUUUCAGAGGUCUGAGCCUCAAAACACCUCAAACUCCCACCCAACCCCAGGUCUACGAUCAGCUCUGGCUUGUUUCGCGCCUCAACCUGAUCCUGGAUCUGAGGUCUUGGCAACCCGUGAGCCGAGUGCGAUAGAAUUUUGCACCGAUUUUUGCACAAGCACUGCAAAACCUUUUCUGUACAGCAUCACCUUUUGAUCUAGUGCUGUUGUUUUUACCGCAUUUUGAAAUGUCUCCCGGUGUUUUUUCUACGACGCAAAGCACACUGUCAGGUCAGAACGUUUCCUUUUUCUUUCCUUUUCUUUUUUCUUUACGUUUCUUGGAUAUAAGCAGUAUAUUGUAUGUAUUAUAUAUUACACUGUAUAUUGGGAAUAAUAUCAGACCUGAUAAUGACACACUUAUUUAAAACAAAUAAACAGGAAACUGCUGCGAA